CAAUCGGCGACCUAACUUACGUUCCGGCCGAGAUGUAGCGACAGCCCUAGGAAGUGCAAAUCUUCGGGGGCGUUUGAUGAUGCUUUCGUCCGAUAAAAAGUGCCUUAGAAUUACGAGAAUUAUCAAGAUAUUUUGUGUAUAUCUUCUCGAGAAGCCGCCGUAUUCAAACAUUCCAUUAGACCUCAACGUUCUCUAUAUGUGUUUGUGGGAAGAUACGGAAGUUGACCUAAUAGUUCACGAACCAUUCUAUAACCAUGGCCCGCACGAUAUACAACCCAUUUCGAUCUUUACUUGUUUCCCCCUCCGAGCUUCAUCUCGCGCUUUCCAGAACUUCCAUUUCACCUCGUCGCAUUGUCCCGGUGGCAGCAGGACGCCAGUCCGCCUUGCAAUCUUAUAAAGCCAAGCAUAUCCCAGGCUCCAUAUUCUUCAACAUGGACCAAAUCCGAGAUACUACUUCCUCAUACCCACAAAUGCUACCUCAACCAUCGCACUUCGCCACCUCCGUGACUCGACUCGGCCUCCGCUCAGACGACAUCCUCGUCGUCUAUGACACGCCGGAAGCAGGAAUGUACUUCUCCCCCCGUGUCGCAUGGGUAUGCCGCCAUUUCGGACACACUGACGUCCACGUCCUAAACAACUUCCCCCACUACGUGAAAAAUGGAUAUCCAGUAUCCGAGGGCCAACCAACCCUACCUCCAGCAGAAGAAAGUUACCCAGAGCGCGAACCUCCAGUCCCAGACGACGUGAUCACCUUCGAGGAGCUACACGUUUUACUCUCGACCGAUAAAAACCAACGGCAAUAUCAAAUCCUCGACGCUAGACCAGCAGGUCAGUUCUCCGGGGAGGGCACAGGGCCGCAUAUCUCGGGACAUAUGCCAUUUGCGCUGAAUGUACCAUUUUCUUCCGUGCUGGGUUUGGAUAAGACUAUGCUUCCUGCUGGGCGGUUAAGAGAGGUGUUUCGGGGGUUUGGGGUUCAGGAAGAUAAACCUGUUGUUUUGUCGUGUAAUUCGGGGGUGACUGCUACUGUGUUGGAGCUUGCGUUGCGGGUGGGUGGUUAUGAUAUGAAGAAGAGGGUUUAUGAUGGGAGUUGGUCAGAGUGGAGGGAGAGGGCUAGGGAUAGGCUUGUUGUUGCGAGUUGAUGGUUGGAAUUUAGUAUUAUUGUACAUUAUUAAAUAUAUAUUAAUGAAUAAUGCAUGAGACUUAGUAGCCAAUGCAAUGCACAACGUUGUAGUAUUGUCACAUAGUUGGUGAUGCCGUAGCUUGCAGAUGGUUUUCAAUCGGCGAUUGACGAUAGCAUCCAUUUUACUCGGCCGAAUCCCGCCGCGGUCACCCUGAAAUUGGAAGACUGGUCCUGAGUGCCCAACGACAGUUAUAACUAUCCUUUGCGGCCUUGGAGGUAAUGUGAUGGUGUAGGAUUGUCGAUGUAUUUCAGGUGUCCCUCCAAUGUCUUCUCUCAAUUAGCAGAAUUGGGCUAUCUUUUCCGAGGGC